AUGGAUUCGUUAAAGGAAAGGAACUCCAAACGUGGUGGCGGCCACCCAUCCCAGGAGCCUCUUUAUCAUACUGACAAUUAUAUUGAUGCAUUCUUGGUGGUUCAUUCUGUUGUGAGGAAGAAACUACAGCUGCUUGAGCUCCCAUCAUUCUUCAUGGCCGAGCUGUGCUUAGUGGAGCAUGAAAUGUUGAAAUACAUGCCUAAACUGAUGUCUUCUAUUGCAAUCUAUAAAGCACAGUGCUACCGCAAUGGCUCUAGCCAGUAG